CUAAUCGUUGAGGUGAGGAGGCUGUGACCUUUUUGGAAACCGUUUGCAAAUUAGGGUUAGGAAAGUAGCGAAGUGGUAUGGGGAAACCGACCGGUUUAGUAAAUCCGGUUUUGAAGAUGAUGAGGUGAGGAGUUUUGCUAUUUGAGAGACUGGCCUUGGUUUUGUUGAUCUCUUUUGAAACCGCCGGUUGCUGUGUUCGUUUGUGUGAGGAGAAGAGAAUCGAACCCAUAACAUAUUUGGAAUAAUUUUUUUUGUAGGUUGUGAGGAAGCAAAGGUUUUUGCUAAAACCCUCUCUGUAUUUAGGAUCGAGGGCUUCUGUGGAGUGAGUUUUAUAAUUUUUUUUCUCGGGUCAGAAGGAAGUGAAGGUUUUUGCUAAAACCCCAUCUGUGUUUGAGAUCGAGGGUUGCUUUUGCAAUCGACAGGUCGGGAGUUCGGAUUUCGGUGGCUUGAUUUUUAGAUGCUGUAGCGGGCAGUUUUGUUUUGAGGGUUUUAGUGGGAUUCUUUCUCCGGGGUUUGGGAUUCAUUUUUUUUGGGUCUAUAGGUGUGCGGCGCAGAUCUGUGCAGUGAGGGCUUUGUUGUGCUUGUGGGUUUUGUGAGGGAUUCGAGGUUUGGUUUUUCAUUUUUCUCCGGACGGCGUUGAAGAUUGAGGUUUCCAGCGGGCAAAUAUGGCGGCUCCUGCGCAAGAAACUGAGCGUAUCCUCUCUGCUGGUGACACUGAAGCUACAAAGCUACUGCAAAAUUUGACUCUGGAUCCUCAGGCAAAGCCUGCAGAUGUAUCAGAAGCCGCUAAACAGUCUCCUGAUGCCAACACCACUAAUGAGGCGGCUGGAACUGGACCUUCCACUGGUAGGACUAACACUCCUGUUUUACAAGAUCUGAUGGUGGAUGCAACCAUGUUCUAUGUUCCAAAUGGGUACCCUCCCCAGGCUUAUUAUUAUGGAGGUUAUGAUGGACCUGUCGGUGAAUGGGAAGAAUAUAGAUAUGUAAAUGUUGAUGGAGUGGAGAUCCCUGCCACUGGAAUGUAUGGCGACAAUGGUUCACUUGUUUACCAUCCUGGUUAUGGCUAUGCUCCUCAAGUUCCCUAUAGUCCCUAUUCUCCAGCGGGAACCCCUGUUCCAACCAUGGGAGCAGAUGGUCAGCUAUAUGGGCAUCAGCAAUUCCAGUUUACUGGUCCUUAUUAUCAGCAGCCUGUUCCUGGUGCACAGUAUACGCCUUCGCCAACUCCUCCCUUAACACAGACAGAUGUGCCAACAUCUGUGGGUGCAGAUCAGAUGACUGUAGAUAAUUCUAGUGGUAAUAGCACUAACGGAAGCAGUAAUGGUGUGACUUUGGGUCCCAGACCUAUUUAUCCAAUGCCCAUAUUGCCAUCUAAUGGUUCAUAUGGUAGGGGUAUAUUGCCAGCAAACCAUGAAGGAAUCAGAUCAGUUGGUCCUUGGCUAGAUGGGCCAAUGGUUUCUGAGGGGCAGUUGCGGCCUCCCACAGCCAAUCCUGUGCCCUCAAUGGUUCCUCAAACAACAUCCCCUGGGCCACUUGGGCAAAAUGUUCGGCCUCUGCAACAUGUUAUGCCGCAUAUGCAGGGUGUACCACACCCAAGGCCAGCUUCUGGAAUGGGACCUGGUCCUGGCUUCAUCAACAGAAUGUACCCAACUAACAGGAUGUAUUCUCACAACAAUGCUUCUGGUCGAUCAAGUCCUGGUUUUGUAACAAAUGGAUUUGAAGCCAGGCCAAAUGGACGAAGUUGGAAUCAAUCUGACCGGGGUAAACCAAAAGGAAGAGGUAGUGGGUCUAUGAAUAAUAAUGAGAACUUGGAUAUACUAAAUGAGCAGAAUCGGGGACCACGAACUGCAAGAUUUAGAAAUCAGCGGCAAGUUCCAGGUGCACCAUGGACAGUGAAGGUGCAAGCUCCAAAUGUGAAUGGGAGCAGUGAAGAUGUCAAUGUUGUUCCCAACAGAGAUCAAUACAACAGGCCUGAGUUUGUAGCCAAGCCUCUUGAUGCUAAGUUUUUCAUAAUCAAAUCUUACAGUGAAGAUGAUAUUCACAAAAGCAUUAAAUAUAAUGUUUGGGCUAGCACUCCUAACGGGAACAAAAAAUUGGACAUGGCUUACAAGGAGGCUCAAGAGAAGGCUGGACCAUGUCCUAUUUUCCUGUUCUUUUCGGUUAAUGCCAGUGGCCAGUUUUGUGGUGUCGCAGAGAUGAUGGGGCCUGUGGAUUUUAAUCAGAGUGUAGAUUAUUGGCAGCAAGACAAGUGGAGUGGUAGAUUCCCGGUGAAAUGGCACAUAGUUAAGGAUGUACCUAACAAUCAGUUACGCCACAUCACAUUGGAAAACAAUGACAACAAGCCAGUGACAAACAGUAGGGACACCCAGGAGGUGAAACUUGAUAAGGGUGUAGAAAUGUUAAAAAUAUUUAAAGAUUACAUUUCCAAGACAUCUAUUCUUGAUGACUUUCUAUUCUAUGAGAACCGUCAGAAGGCAAUGCAAGAAAAAAGAGCAAGGCAACAAAUUCAGCAACAACAAAAGCAAUUCCGUUCUGGAAGUGAAGUUGAUCAGCUGAGCCCUGAAGAUUCAGCAUUGAAAGCACGGACGGAAGAUGCAGCUGUUGAAGAUAAAGAUUCUACAUCCAGAUCACACCAGGCUGAUUUGCCUUCACCUGUGUCUGCAAAUGACAAACAUCAUGAUGAACAAAAGUUACAGAACAAUCAAGAAGGUAGUUUGUCAUUGGAGGAAAGGGUUAUUCCUUCUGCUCCAGGAGAAGCAUGGAAGGGAUCAAAAUCAUCCCCUACUAUAGCCAAGAGGGAGGCCAAUGGAGAUGCAAUUGAUAAGUUAGUGCAUACAAAUGGUUCUUAGUAUGCAAGCCUUAUAUCCUUGCACACUGAAUAUGGAUGCUGAUCGUUAUUACAUGAACAGUGUAAGGUGUAGAAUCUGAAGCUUUGGCAAGGCUUUGGUGGAUUUACUGACAGCAAUCUGUACAGCUUUAAAUCUGCAAUAGAUAUAGGCCAUACAAGUAUUCUGAGAAUCUCUGCCAACAAUGUCAAGAGCAUUGGACUGUUGAAUCUUUUGAAGUUUGGGCAGAACUAUAUCCUUGGCCUCAGUGAUCUCCUGGAACCUGAGUUCUAAUAGUUAGGAUUGAUCCUCUUCACUCAUUCCAAGUUUCUGACUCCUUAGCAGUAGAAUUUAGAUCUAACAGUCAAUGUCUUUACCAGAUAGGCUAUCUUUUAGAUUAUGACUUUGUAAAUUUUCUUUGAUAGGGUUAUUUUGGCAUUGUAAGUUUGGUUUUUGAGGAAAGCUUGCAUUUCCCACGUGCUCAGCUUGCGCUGUCAAGUUUUUGUAAAAAGUUCGUCUAAACUCAUGGAUCAAUAAGAGAAGAAUCCUAUUUGUGCU